AUGACCGUCGAGGAUGAGGAGGAGUCGACGCGUCGCUUUCUGCAGCAUUUCUUUUCCCUUUUGGAUGUCCGUGAGCCGCGGCCGGCGUCGCUAGCGCAGGGCGAGGGGGAGGAAGUGGCUCCCCUGCUGCAGCUCAAGCAACGCAACACCAUCGGGAGGCUGCUGCCGGAGUGGGUGCGCCUGCUUCACGCACAGGCGACGGAGCGGCGUGAAACCGGUGGGGGUGUUGGCCGCAGCAACCCUCGUGGUGGUGCAGCUGCUGCGACGUCCUCUUCCUCGUAUCUUGACGGCGACAUGGCGGAGAGCUGGUUUGCGUUUCCGCACCUCGCACUCAUUUCAUCACCGUGGGCGCGGCAGCGGGUCCCGCCCCCUCUAGACUUGACCCGCCAUCGCCUCCUGCACCACUUGCAGCAGCGCUACGAGUGCGGCGCCGGGGCCGGCGGAGGGCGCGGCGCAUUCGUGCAGAACCUUUUGCGCUCCCUGUCGCAGCACGGCGGCGCGGACGGGCGCGGCGUGGAGCAGUUGGCGUUUAUUCAAGCUGUGAACUCCCUCUUUCCGCAGCAUCCGUCUAGUCGGGGCCACCAGCAGCCGCCUGUCGAAUUGGUGGCGGCGGCGCUCUUCAGUGAGUGGUGCGCCGUUGCCGCGGACGAUGCGUCCUUCGCCUCCACGCGUGUGCCGCUCCAAGUCAUCGUGGACGACCUCGCUGCCUAUCGCCCCGCCACCAAAAGCCCCGCGCCUGAGGCAGACGGAGGCGCCACGACGAUGAAGCCGGCGGAGCCGGGCGUGCAGCGAGGCGACGGUGGCGGGGCGGCUGCCGACGUGGUCGUCGGCACGCUCGCUGGUUUGGCCUGCGCGUACCCAAUGGCCACCGCGGCCUGGGCAGGCGGUGACCGGAGGAGACUUGCCGCCCGACCGGCCCGCAAGAGAGGACGAGGCGCUGACAGGGACGACGAGGAGGAGGAGGAAGAGGAGGAAGAAGACGACGACUACGGCUGGAACGGCAGUGCCGACGGCGACGACACCGCCGAGGAUGAGGAGGAUAACACGAGCAGUCAUAUGAGUGACGGCAACGACGAGGGACGGGGGUCGCGGCGCCGCCGGAUGAACGCCUUCGUCAGACGGAACACCACCGCCUUCCGGGUCCCGCUCGCCUCCCUCCUGCUGAACGUCUUCAACGUGAGGCAGGACGGCACGGGUGACGCGGUGGUGGCGCGGCACGUCACUCCCGCCCGCGGCGGCGAGGCCCACUUCCGCCGCGGCGAGCUGCUUUGGUUCAGCGUUGGCGAGUCGAAGCGGCACCGCAGCAUGUUGGAGUCGAAGUGA